AUUUACUUAUCUAAGCUUUCUGCCAUAACAAUGGCGGAGAAUCUGACAUUUAUUUGCAGAGACUGACUGUCAGACACAGGAAUUAAGAAUUUAGCAUCUCCUCUAGAUACUUGUUUUGCUUCAGAAAAUUCGAGAUGACACAACGCGCCUGUGACUCUGCGCCGGAGAAAGUCAUGGUCGCUGUCAAAGCCGAGAAGGUUAUCUCCAAGACCGCUUUGACUUGGGCUCUAACACACGUCGUUCGACCCGGCGACUGCAUUAUCAUGCUCGCCGUCCUCUCCGCUCAGAAAACUGCGCGAAGGCGGUUUUGGAAUUUCCCAAGUCUCACCGGAGAUUGUAGUUCUGGCGACCAGGAUAUGUUACCGGAUCGGAUAUCUCAGAUCUCGGAGUCCUGUUCUCAGAUGGUGCUUCAACUUCACGAUCAAAUUGAGGUUAGAGUUAGAAUUAAGGUAAUAUCUGGAAUGUCCAUUGGUGUUGUAGCAGCUGAAGCGAAAAGCCGUGAAGUGAACUGGGUCAUACUAGACAAGAAACUGAAACAUGAACAAAAGCAUUGUGUCGAUCAGCUUCAAUGUAACAUUGUCAUGAUGAAGGGCUCUCAACCGAAAAUUCUAAAACUCAAUUUAGGAUGGUCAGAUGGACUUGAGACCCCUUUCUUUUCUGCUUCAUCUUCUCCAGAUUUAGAUGCUAGAGAAGAAUCACACAGCAACAGAAUGAGGCAUUCCACUCCCAUUAGCAGCCCUGGAGAGAACAGUCCUCCAUACAUACGGAUUACAGAAGACAAAAUAGCCAGCCCAGAAGAUGCCAAUUCUCUUUUGGUUGUGUACGAGAAAAAUCCACUUUUCGAAGGAACAAUUCAUGGAAAGUGCAGGGCAAACAAUAAGCAAAAGAACUUAAACCCGGUUAAUCGAGUUAAUGGAGAUGAAGGGGACUACUUUUUGAAGUCAAGCAUUAGAGAGGUUGUGUCUUUGAGCAGAGCAUCGUCUGUACCUCCUCCUUUGUGUUCUUUGUGUGAAAAUACAUCUCCUUCUUUCGGAAAACCUCCUAGACGGUUUAGUUAUCAAGAACUGAGGGAAGCCACUGAUGGGUUUUCAAAUACAAAUUUAUUAGUUGACAGAGAGUCUGGAACAGUUCAUAGAGGGAUCCUGAGGGAUGGUCUUAAAGUUGCAGUGAAGACUUGGAAAUUUGUCGGGUCCCAACAAGAUUCUGACUUCUUUAGAGAAUUGUGGAUAUUGAGCUGUGCACAACACAGGAAUGUUGUAUUGUUGAUUGGAUUUUGUGUGGAAGGUGAAGAUAGACUACUAAUUUAUGAGUACAUAUGCAAUGGCUCCUUAGACUUUCAUUUGCAUGGUAGGGCUUCUCUUGAUUGGCAUUCGCGACAAAGGAUAGCUAUUGGAGUAGCAAGGGGUUUACGUUAUCUUCAUGAGGAUUGCAGAGUUGGUUGUAUUGUUCACAGAGACAUACGACCUAAAAACAUUCUUCUAACUCACGAUUAUGAACCGCUGGUCGCUGAUUUUGGACUUGCUAGGCUGUAUACUGAAUGGGAUCCCUAUGAUGAACGAGUCGAGUGUACUUCAGGGUACCUUGCACCAGAAUACUAUGCUAAUGGGAAAAUAACAGAAAAGGUUGAUAUUUACGCUUUUGGAUUGAUAUUGUUAGAGCUAAUCACGGGUAAAAGGAGCAUCGCCUUGAAAUGUCACGUGGGUCAUCAUCUUACAGAGGGUAGUUUUUGCAGCCCGUCGGUACUAGAAUCUGGCCCUCUGCUGUCAAACAUAGAUAAACAACCAAUUCACUGGUGCAUGCCAUCUGACCAACUCAAACGCUUGCCCCGUGAGCAACAAGCCAUGGGUCUUGCUUCAUUCUUGUGCCUGCAAGUUGAUCCUGAAUCUAGACCACCCAUGUCAAAGGUCCUCCGAAUACUUGAAGGGGGAGAUUCAAGAAACAUUAUGGAUUCUGACCCGAAUUCUGUUGGUAGCCGAAGUGCUCGAAUGGGAGAGCAGAGUUCUAAUACACGUCAUGCAAUAAGGAAGAGACAUUCACGCAAAAAUUCUCAAUGAGAGUAAACUCUCCAGUACCUGGUUUGGUUCUCGAAUUCAUUUUAUAUUGAUGCCUUCAAUUUGUUCUAUAUCUUGUUAAUGAUGGAUGCAUAUAUAUAGAUAUCCUGAAUUUAAUCUUGAUAAAUUUGAUUUACCCUUUUACAAGGAUGAUGAAAAUUUGAUCCUAACUAAUUACAAAUUAAUGAUUAGAUUAGUAUAAUGAAGUACAUUUGUUUAAAACUUGGUUGAAGGAAUUGAGGACCAGGAGAUAUCAUAGUCAGUCAUUUCUUGUUGCAUGGCAGCCAUUGGAUUAAUAUCAGGUGGCUGCUCAGAUACACUCCAAACUUUUAUAGACUUAUCAAGGCUUCCACUAUAAAGCACCCAUCGACGAUCAUCCUCCUUCGAGUCCUGACUAGCCUCAACCGCCAGACACUUAACCGGACCUGUAUGCCCGCUCAACACAGAUAAACAAGUAUGACUCUUCCCUUCCUUCUUCCACACGCAAAUAGUCUUAUCCGCAGAACCAGUAAACAAAAUGUCUCGAGCAGACGCCAAAGAUAGAACUGCCAGCUUAUGUCCUUUCAAAACACCCCCAUGCGUCAAUUCCUUAUCCCUUUCCCAAAAAUUCACCAAACCGUCCGAUGAACCGCAGUAGAUAGCCGUAUCCGAACCACCAACGACUAGAGCGGUUACAGCACUUUCCUGUUUCAGAAGGGUGCUUGAUAAUGUAUGUUUGGUUACUUUAACCAGCAUUUCUCUACGCCAAACUUUAACUGUCCCGUCCGCGGAACCUGUGAAGACGAGGUUUCCAUCGCCCGAACCUGCUACCACGGCAUUGAUGGCGUCGUCAUGAGCCUUGACGGAUUCUAGGCAUUUGGAUGAUUGGAGUCUCCAUACCUUAAAGGUGCGGUCCCAUGAAGCUGAAUAGAGGAGGCCGUUCUGUAUGUCUAGGCUAAGACAGGAGAUGGCGUCGGAGUGUUUGAUCCAAAGGCCGGUUCGUUUCUUCUUGACUUGGACGUAGUUCUUGGGACGGAUGGAGGCUUUGAAGAUGUCGAUGAAUUUGGGUAAGGUGCCGGCUCGUUUGUGGAGUUUCUCAUUCUUUUGUUGGACUUUCCAGACACGGAUCUUCCCAUCUUGGUGGCCGGUGAAGAUUUUCUCACCCGAGAUGAUGAUGGCCUUGACUAGACCGCUGUUUGAUUUGAAGGCGGAGAAUUCUUUGAGGUUUUUCCAGACACGGAUGUUCUUGCUGUCGGAGCCGGUGUAUAGGAGGUCUCGGAUAGCCGCGAGGGAAUAGAUGUGACCUUCUUCUCGGACCAGGGAGCCGAUGAGGCUGUUUUGUGGGGUGGUUGUACCGGUGGGGUCUGGGUCAUCGGAUUGGGACCAGGGGGAUUUGGCAAAGGGAGAUGGUUGGUUCCAUGGAGACAUCAUCAUUGGAGAACCUUCCGUGCUCAUACGGGCGUGGUCGAACGCAGAGAAGCUGCUGUUUCUGGUUUGGAAUUCUUCAUCGGUUUCACUCAUUGCGUACGAGAAUUGUUUUGUUUUUUCGUUUUUCAAAAAAACAAGAUUAUCUGUUGGAUCAUACAAUUUAUCAAACAAACAAUUGAUUUUUGG